CUGCGUGUGAAUAUUGAUGAUGAGUCAGUAAUUUCUGAUUAUCCUAACGAAACCACUGAAACGCUAAACCCCGAAACACAAGCAUUGAGAGAAUUGCUUCGGAAGUCCAACCCAAUGGACGCUAU